AUGUCGCGCGGUGGACGUGGCGGCGGCCGCGGCGGCUUUGGCGGUAACAACCCACCGCCAAUGGGCCUGACGUUCCAGGAUAUACAGGCGCUCAAUCGAGAGGAGGAUGCGCUCUAUCCACCUAUGGAAAAUGUCCCGACAUUGAGCUCGUACACUGCUGCAGAACGACGCAUCUGCGAGAUACAGAGCACUUUCACUGAACGACUUCGCAAAAGCGCGUACUGGGUCGUCGAGCCGCGAAAGGCGAGCGAUCUUGAGCACUAUUCGGACCGACAUCGACCUGAGCUCGCCGCGCAACCGACGCUCAAACGCAAAGAGUUGCAUGAGCCAUUCUUCCCUCCAGACGUGUUCGAGGGCUACUUCAAUCCGAAAAGACGGAGAUUGGCGAAGCGCGCGGCGGCAAAGAAGGUCAACAUCGACGAGCUAGCAUCCGAUGCGGAAGGCGAUGAUGACAAGUCGGGAGACGAGCGCUCAGAAGCGGGCUCGGGCGUCGAAGAGGAGGAUUACGACGUCGACGAGGAGGACGACAACGACUAUGCCGAGAACUACUUUGAUAACGGCGAAGGCGACGAUGAUGACGGGCUGGGAGACGGUCUACGAGAUGAAGGAGGUGGAGACUACGACUAG